CUUGGAAUUACAUUUGUGGAUAUACAUGAGGCUGGCUGUCCGUACGUGGCCGAUUAGCAUUCUGCUUGUGAAUCUCGUUUUAGGGAGGUCGGACGUAGGUCAAGAGGCACGAGAACCUCGUUACUGAAUCUUGUUUUCACUGCCUCUGGCACUAUCAAUCCAACGCCAACACCGCCAUUACAAAGCCCAACAGAUUCUCCCAUCUUCUACCGAGUGUUGUCCACCGAGCCAAAUGUCUUUCUGCUCUUCUGCUCCGUCCUGCUGCAGCUUGAUCCGUGCCUAUCCGCGGACUGCCCACUCCAAGUCCUCACCGCGUCGAUGCCUCCUACUGCCAAUCCGGUGUACUGCGCGGACUCCUCCUCGGCGAUCGGCUGAUUACCAACCGAGCUCGUGGAGCGACGAAUACAUACAAUCGCUCACAACUGGCACCAAGCUCAGCGUUUAUGCAAUAUGUGGAGGAGGAUAACGCAAGAAGGAUGGACAAACUGACAGAGGACGUGAAACAGCUGAUCUACAUGAAGAAGGGAAUUGAGGACCAACUUCAACUGAUCGAUUACCUGCGGCAGCUUGGGGUGGCGUAUCACUUUAAGGAGGAUAUUAAGGAUGCUUUAUGGACUAUAUACGGUUCCAUGGAAGAGGUGAGCAUGUUGCUGAAGGAUAAUCUUCAUGCCACGGCUCUUAUGUUCAGGCUUCUCAGAGAACAUGGGUUUGCUGUUUCUGAAGGUGAUUAAGCUAUAUAUCCAUCCUGCUUUACUCCUUUCUUGGCGACUGAUACAAAAUUGUCGCUGAUGCACCUCAUAUAUUGCUAGAACAAUUACUUUCAUAAAACUAAGACAAGUAGAAAUAUGUCCAAUUAGUCAUAAAACUAUCCCACGUUACUAGCCUAACAAACUAUUGGUAUUUUGUGUUUGUUCUGUUCUAUCAUGGUGUCACAAUCUAACAUGCACAAAUUAUGUGGAUGGACUGAAGGUGUAUUCAACCGAUUUAUAGAUGAGAAGGGCAACUUGAAAGCCAGCCUUCGCCACCAGACUGAAGGAUUGGUGAGCUUGUACGAGGCUUCCCAUCUUGCAAAGGAAGGAGAGCACGUGCUGGAAGAAGCUACGAACUUCACAACUAAACAGCUCAAGAGCCUCAUGGAGGGAUCGCUUGAGCCUCAUCUCAGGGAGCACGUAGCCCAUGCCUUGGAGCUUCCAUUGGACUGGAGGAUGCCGAGGUUACAGACCAGGUGGUUUAUAGAAGCAUGCCAAAGGGAAGCGAACAUAAACCCUGUCCUACUUGAAUUGGCUAAGUUGGACUUCAACAGAGUUCAGAGCAUACAUCAGAGGGAACUCAGGGAAGUGUCGAGAUGGUGGAGCAAUCUUGGCCUGGCGCAAAGGCUUCCAUUUUCCAGGGACAGGUUGAUGGAGAGCUAUAUCUGGACGGUUGGCUGGGCUUUUGAGCCACAGUUUGCAAGAUUCAGGGAGGCGCAGACAAAAGCGAACUGCCUGAUAACAACAAUAGAUGAUGUGUAUGAUGUUUACGGCACCAUCGAUGAGCUCGAGCUGUUCACGGAUGCCGUCGAUAGAUGGGAUGUUAAUACAAUGGACAAAUUGCCAUAGUACAUGAAAAUAUGUUUUCUAGCCCUCUUCAACACUAUAAAUGACACCGCCUACAAUGUUAUGAAAGAGAAGUGUCUGGAUAUAAUUCCACACCUAAAAAAAGCAGUAACUUAUUGAUCCCAUCGUCCCUCUUUUGUGUAUCGUCAAUCAUGCAGUUCCACUUUAUAAACAGUGCUACCGUUGGAUUCAGUGGGCAGAUCUAUGCAAGACAUACUUGGUGGAAGCAAGGUGGUACCACCAAGGCUACACACCCAAUCUUGAAGAGUACUUGGAGAACGCACUAGUAUCGAUAUCGGGUCUCCUAAUAUUGACUAUUGCUUAUUGCACCAGUAACGAUGUAACUCGAGAGGCCUUAGACGGUUUCCAAAGCCGUCUUAAGAUUGCAAGAUGGUCAUCCAUGAUCCUUCGACUUUGUGAUGACUUGGGUACUUCCAAGGACGAGCUUGAAAGAGGCGAUGUGCCCAAAUCUAUCCAGUGCUACAUGCAUGAGAGCGGUUUAUCGGAGUAUGCGGCUCGUGAGCAUAUCAGGCGAUUGAUUAGGGGGAAUUGGAGAGCAAUAAACGGAGAUCGAAGUUUCACUUCACGUUUUGAGGAAAACCUAAAAAUGAUGGCCAUCAAUAUCCCUCGAAUGGCCCAAUGCAUGUACCAAUACGGAGAUGGACAUGGGAAACCCGAUCAAGUGAUUGAGGAUCGCAUCAGGUCUUUGAUAAUUGAACCUAUACUUUUGUAACAAUGGAAUGAAGGAUAAUAUCGUGAAGCUAUAAGUCUCCUCGUGAUUUGUCCAAGCCUUUGAUUAAGAUUCUUUAGGUGUGAUCG